CGCAGGGAGCUCGCGGCGGCGCCGGGAUGUGGAGCGGCCAGCCCCACCCAGACGAGGGCCACCCACCGCCCCUCGAAGCUGUCCCGGUCCCCUGGAAGAGCGUGGGCCCCUGCAAAAGCCACAGGGAGUCCCCAAGAGGCCUGGCGGAGACCCCUGGAGGGGAGGAGGGCCCUGCAGCCGCCCAGCUGGACGUGUUGCGCCUGCGAAGCUCUUCCAUGGAGAUCCGGGAGAAGGGCUCAGAGUUCCUGAAGGAGGAGCUGCACAAAGCCCAGAAGGAGCUGAAGCUGAAGGACGAAGAGUGUGAGCGGCUGUCCAAGGUGCGGGAGCAGCUAGAACGGGAGCUAGAGGAGCUGACGGCCAGCCUGUUCGAGGAAGCCCACAAGAUGGUGCGGGAAGCCAACAUGAAGCAGGCAGCGUCAGAAAAGCAGCUGAAGGAGGCGCGGGGCAAGAUCGACAUGCUGCAGGCAGAGGUGAGCGCCUUGAAGACACUGGUCCUCACAUCCACACCAGCCUCCCCCAACCGUGAGCUCCACCCACAGCUGCUGAGCCCCACCAAGGCCGGACCCCGCAAGGGCCACUUGCGUCAUAAGAGCACUGGCAGCACCCUCUGCCCCGCUGUGUGCCCCGUGGCUGGACAUACCCUCACCCUGGACAAGGAGGGCAAAGAGGUGGACACAACCCUGUUCGCAGAAUUCCAGGCCUGGCGGGAAUCGCCCACCCUGGACAAGACCUGCCCCUUCCUCGAAAGGGUGUACCGGGAGGACGUGGGCCCCUGUCUGGACUUCACCAUGCAGGAGCUCUCAGCGCUGGUCCGGGCCGCGGUGGAGGACAACACGCUCACCAUCGAGCCCGUGGCUUCGCAGUCGCUGCCCACCAUGAAGGUGGCCACAGUUGAGUGUGGCAGCACCAAUACCUGUGCCCUGAGCGGGCUGGCUCGUGCCUGUCGCCACCGAAUCCGGCUUGGGGACUCUGAGAGCCACUACUACAUCUCGCCAUCCUCCCGGGCCAGGAUCACCGCAGUGUGCAACUUCUUCACUUACAUCCGCUACAUCCAGCAAGGCCUGGUGCGGCAGGAAGCGGAGCCGAUGUUUUGGGAGAUCACGAGGCUGCGGAAGGAGAUGUCGCUGGCCAAGCUCGGCUUCUUCCCCCAGGAGGCCUAGGGCAUGGCCCAGGCCUAGAGGGGGGCUCUCAGCAGCAGCUGACCCCUGCCCCAGCACAGACAGACAGGAAGACAGAGUCCUGGAUCCGGCCCUGAGCCAGAAGCUGAGCAGAUGGACAGAUGGCCAGGCUGCGGACGCCUUGCUGAGCUGGUACCAAACCUUUGUCCCGGGACAGACAGGACCUCAUGAGCCGACGCGUCUCCCUUCAUCAGUGGCACACAGCCGCCAGGAGACUUCCAAGGAAGCACCAAAGACCGAGGAGCUUGGACCCAUACUCAGGGGCUCAGCCCUUAGGAGGGGGUACCCGGGGCAGCACCCCCUUUGCGGGCCUGGGACCUGCUGCUUGCAGGUGCCUUGUUGCUGCCAUGUCCUCAGAAAGGGGCCACGCUGGGUGGCCUGAUCUCCAGGGUAUCCCCCCCACCUCUGGGCCCAAGCCCUGGGCCACCAGCGCCCCCUGGUGGCCAUCCCUCACCCAUUCCCAGGUGGCCUCCCUGUCAGACUGCCCCCAGCGGGCCCCCUGUGUCCGGUGUCCGCGGGGCGGUGGGGCCACAAGGGGCUGUCAGGGACUUCCACACCAACCUGGAUCUGCUUGAGAACUGCCCCCAAACUGUUCUUAAGGUGGAUCAGGGUCCCUCCUCCUUGCACUUGACCUUCCCCCUCCCCCGUCUGAGCCCUGUGCUCAGGGAGGCCUUGCCCCCACCACCGUUGGAAGGAUUAGGAUACUUUUCUCCCGAAGUAAAACACAGGGCCUCAGGACACCAGUGUCUGUGUUCAGCUGUGGGUGGCCAUUCAGACAAUGGGGGCUGAGGCCGCCAAGCCCUGCACACAGGACUGGGGUAGGGUGGGCAGGACCCAGGCCCCUCCUCACCCCUCACAGCCCACUUGGGACUGGGAUCCAACCUGGACACAUCCCUCACCACAGCUGAUUUCCUCCUUUGGAUGGAAUGUAACACGAUCUCUAUUUAAUAAAGGAAGGCUUUGUUGGUAGAGGCUGGGCGCCACGCGCCUUCACUCCUGCACCCUGGGGUUCGGGCCAAGGCUUGGGCAUCUAAAGGAAUGAAACCAAAUCCUUCCCUAGC